AUGGUCGAUCAAAAUACGACGCGAAAGGCUGAAGGGCAUCAAUCGCACUCGCAUUUCAAAACAAUCACCAAAUUCACGACUGAUUAUUCACCAAGUGAUAUCACGAAGUAUGAGUCCACACGGACCGGGAUGUCCGUGGUUGUAGUCAAUAAAGAAAGCCCGAAAGUUCUCGGGUUUUUUGCAUUGGCGACUGAAAUCUUGGAUGACUCUGGCGCUCCCCAUACUCUUGAGCAUCUCUGCUUCAUGGGAUCCAAAAACUACCGUUACAAGGGAAUUCUAGAUAAGUUUGCAACUCGAGCCUAUUCGACAACCAAUGCAUGGACUGCAACAGACCAUACCGCAUAUACCCUUGAUACUGCUGGGUGGGAAGGGUUUUCCCAGUUGUUACCAGUCUAUUUAGAGCAUAUUCUUUUCCCAAUCUUAAGUGAUAGCGGCUGCUACACAGAAGUCCACCACAUCGAUGGUACCGGGCAUGAUGCAGGAGUCGUCUAUUCUGAGAUGCAAGGUGUUCAAAAUGACGGAGAUACGCUUAUGAUGCUCGAAGCCAACCGACAAAUCUAUCCCGACGGCGUCGGUUUCCGAUCAGAAACUGGCGGCAUGAUGGAACAACUACGUGUUCUCAAACCCCAGCGCAUCCGUGAUUUCCACAAGGAGAUGUACCAGCCUCGGAACCUUUGCCUUGUUAUCAUCGGGAGCGUAGAUGAGCCUGGGUUGUUGAGUAUCCUCGACAAGUUCGAGGGCGAUAUACUCGACGAUGUCCCGGCUCCAGACUCCCCGUGGCAGAGACCAUGGGUUAGCUCGAAGCAACCUCCUUUAUUGAAGGAGAAUAUUGUACGACACGUCGAAUUUCCGGAGCAAGAUGAGUCUAUGGGUAGCAUUUUAGUUGGAUAUCUAGGCCCUUCUUGUGUAGAUCAUACACACUUGGCUGCGCUAGAAGUUAUUGGGUCUUACCUUGCUGGUUCGUCGGUUUCAGUCCUUGAAAAGCAAAUGGUAGAGAUCGCCGAGCCAUACACAAGCGGGGUUGCUUGGUCCACUGAAGAACGCCCAAAUACCGUCCUCUGGCUUGAGCUUGGAAGUGUCCCGGUCGCUCGCCUUGAUGAGGCCGAAAAGAAACUCUUCGAGAUUCUAGGGCAAACCGUUCAGGAACCCCUUGAUCUUGAUUACUUGAAAGACUGCCUUAAUAGGUCGAAACGGCAACGGAAAUUCAAUGUGGAAAAUGACAGUCACUUCUUCACCACUCCCGUUAUAUAUGAUUUCCUUUUCGCAAACCGAGAUGGGUCCGAUCUACUUCAAGUGAAAACGCUUGAGGUCUACAACGAACUUGAGAAAUGGACUGAAGAACAGUGGAGAAAUUACAUCAAGAAGUGGCUCGUUGAUAACCCUCAUGUUUCGAUUAUCGGCCAACCCUCUGCGAAAUUGGCUGAAAAGAUCAAGCGAGAUGAAAAGGCAAGAGUUAAGACCCAGAUCAAGAGUCUAGGAGACGACGGCCUAAAGGAGCUCGCCGACAAACUUGAAAAGGCUAAGAAGGAUAACGAUCCGGAAAUUCCUAUUGAGGUUCUCCGAGGUUUCAAGACGCCAGGUGUUGAGUCCAUCAAAUUCAUUCACUCAACAAGUGGAAAUGCGGGACUUGCCAUCACUAAAGAUGGAAUACUCGACACGAAUAUUCAAAAAAUUCUUCAAAAGGAUGAACCAAAGACAAACCCGUUUCCUUUGUAUCUCCACUAUGAGCAUGUCGCAACAAACUUCGUUACGGUCAAUAUUCUAUUAUCCACCGCCAGCAUACCGAUUGAACUCCGCCCACUCCUUUCUCUAUAUUUCGAAUAUUUUUUCGCCGCUCCUAUUACGCUUGAAGAUGGAACUAAGUUGGACUACGAAAAGGUUGUUUCACUAUUGGAGAAGGACACAGUCGGAUAUACUAUUCAAGGCGGAGGCGGAAUGCAAGCCACUGAAUCCAUCAGGAUCAAGAUGGAAGUGGAACCCGAAAAAUACAGUGCUGCACUAAAGUGGCUGAAGCUGUUGAUGUGGAAUAUCGUUUUCGAUACUGAGCGACUGGCUGUUCUCGCAAAGAAGCUGCGCAGUGAUAUCCCCGAGGAAAAGCGAAAUGGUUACGACAUGGUAUGGUCGGUAGCACAGCUCAGUGGCUACACUGAAGAAUCUAUUGGAUACGGCGGGAAUACUCUGGUUAAAGGGAAAUCUCUCCGGCAAUACAUUGAUCUUUUAAGCGAAGAUCCUGAGGAAGCCAUCCGGAAGAUAUCAGUCGUUCGAGACUCUCUCUUUACACUCGACAAUAUGAGAGUCUUGGUGGUCGCUGAUGUCGAGAAACUUCCCAACCCGGUAUCAACUUGGGACGAUUUCGUCGCUGAGAAACCCUCGAACAAUGAUCUAAAACCUAUCGAUAGUAGACUAGACCGCCUCACACCUAUAGGCAAGAAUCCCGGCAGUCGGAUGUACGUUGUCCCAAUGCCGACGUUGGAUUCUUCGUUUGGUGUUACAAUGGCGAAGGGACCAGAGUCAUUGAAUGAUGAGCGAAUACCAGCAUUGCUCCUUGCUAUCGCCUACUUGGAUGCCGUUGAAGGCCCUCUGUGGAAGGCUAUUCGAGGGACCGGGUUGGCUUAUGGAACAGGCUUUCUACGAAAAGUAGAUUCUGGACACAUUUUCUUCAGCAUCUAUAGAUCGCCUGAUGCCUUCAAAGCCUUUGAAAUGGCGAAGAAAAUCGUUAGUGAUUACGCUGAUGGGACUACCCCUUUCGACGAGUUAGAUCUCGACGGCGCCAUUAGCACGGUCGUCAGUUCAAUCGUAGAUGUGGAAUCUACCCUCACUGCAGCAGCAACUACUUCUUUCGUUCUACAAGUCAUCCAUCGCCAAUCGAAGUCCUACAACAUGGACAUGCUCCGUAAAGUAAGGAAAGUUACACCGGAUGGGAUUCGCAAGGCGAUGACCGAAAUCUUGCUACCUUUGUUCCAUCCCAAAACCUCUGUCGCCGUUGUAACUACAGCACCAGUCAAUACCGAUUCUUUGAAAGAAAGAUUCGUUGAGCUCGGAUUCCCGGUUGAAGUUCGAACACUCUCUUCACUUGAGCCUAAGAGCGAAGGUGACCCGGAUGAAGAGGACGAAGAUAUGGAAGAUGGUUCUGCCGAUGGAAGCGAUGCUAGUGACGAGGAAAUGGAAUCUGGAAAUGAAGACGGUGAUGAGGAGAAGUAA